AUGGCUACAAUGGCACCCUCAUUCAUGACCAUUGAUACCAACGACGCGGACAUGGACUUCUCUCCAAAGUCUGUCCAGGGCAAGCGCACCCUCCUACUCGCACCCCCCUCCAUAGCCACCCAAGAGGACAAACUCCGCGGCCUCUUCAGCACCUUCGAUCGCGCAACCACAGACCUCCAAAUGCUCGACCGGCUCUCCGCCGGCUUCGUCUCUCUCCCCGCAACAACCUACGACCUCGUCCUCAUCCUCACAGACACAGACGGCACACGGCGCUCCGAGGCCCUAAAGCUGCUCACACGAGAUGUCUACACAACCCUCGUCCCCUCCAUGAAGCCAGGCGCCAAGCUUCAAACCCAAGACUCAGCCCUCAAUGCCUCCGAGUCAAUGGAGGCCAUCUUGGCCGGACUCGUGCAGUCCGAUAACGGCUUCGAGAAGCCGAACUUCGAGCCCACCGCCGCCGUCCCUCUUAAGUUCGGUCUGAAGAAGAAGAAUAAGCCUGCUCCACCAGCACCUGUGCAGUCUAUUCCCACAGGAUUUGCGGCACCGGGAUUCAUUGAUCCAACGAAUAAUGACCUCGACGAGGACGACGAAUUCAUUGAUGAAGAUGAGCUCCUCACCGAGGAAGAUUUAACAAGACCCAACAUGCCUCCCCCAGAAUGCCAACCUAAGACCGGCCGCCGCCGCCGCGCCUGCAAAGACUGCACCUGCGGUCUCGCCGACCGCCUAGAAGCAGAGGACAAAGAGCGCCGCGCAAAUGCCGACAAAGAACUGAACGUGAUGAAGCUCGACACGGGCGAUCUCGCCGAGCUAGACUUCACCGUCGAGGGCAAGACAGGCUCCUGCGGCAGCUGUGCGCUGGGCGAUGCCUUCCGCUGCGACGGAUGUCCCUACAUGGGUCUUCCUGCGUUCAAGCCCGGACAGGAAGUGCAGAUAUUGAAUGAUGUCGCGCAGUUCUGA